AUGUUGGAGAUGGAAGAGCAAGGGCAAGCAUGGAAGAACUUCUACUUGAAAUUACCAAAAGUGGAACUUCAUGCCCACUUGAAUGGAUCUAUUAGUUCUAAAACCAUGAAGAAAUUAAUCGCCAAGAAGCCAGAUCUUAACAUCCGUGAUCAGAUGACCGUGAUUGACAAGGGAAAGAAGAGAACUUUAGACGAGUGUUUCCAGACGUUUCAAGUUAUUCAUCGGCUUACAACUAGCCCUGAAGAUAUCCUGAUGGUUACAAAAGAUGUUAUUAAAGAAUUUGCAGAUGAUGGUGUCAAGUACCUGGAACUAAGGAGCACACCCAGAGGAGAAAUUGCUACUGGAAUGACUAAAAAGACUUAUGUGGAAUCUAUACUUGAGGGUAUUAAGCAGUCCAAACAAGAAAACUUAGACAUUGAUGUUAGAUAUCUGAUAGCCAUUGACAGAAGAGGUGGGCCCUCAGUAGCUAAGGAGACUGUUAAACUUGCUGAAGAUUUCUUCCUUUCUACUGAUGAAACAGUCCUUGGCCUUGACCUCAGUGGAGAUCCUAUGGCGGGACAAGCAAAAGACUUCUUGGAACCUCUUUUGGAAGCUAAGAAAGCUGGUCUGAAGUUGGCGUUGCAUCUCUCAGAGAUUCCAAACCAAGUGAAAGAAACACAAAUUCUCCUGGAUUUGCUUCCUGACAGAAUUGGACAUGGGACAUUUCUUAACUCUUCUGAGGGAGGAUCCUUGGAUCUGGUGGAUUUUGUGAGGCAACAUCGGAUACCACUAGAACUCUGCUUGACCUCAAAUGUCAAAAGUCAGACGGUCCCAUCUUAUGAGCAACAUCAUUUUGGAUUCUGGUACAGCAUUGCCCAUCCUUCUGUGAUCUGUACUGACGAUAAGGGUGUUUUUGCGACACACCUUUCUCAAGAGUACCAGCUAGCAGCAGAAACAUUUAAUUUGACCCAGUCUCAGGUGUGGGAGCUGUCUUAUGACUCCAUCAACUAUAUCUUCGCUUCGGAUGGCACCAGAUCUGAACUAAGGAAGAAAUGGAAUCACCUGAAGCCCCAAGUGUUAUGCUUCUAA